AUGCACUCGGAAGGUCCUCUGAAAAAGAAGUAUGACCGAAAAUGUGUGCCAGUCCGGAGAGUAUCAUCCUGGGAGCGUGAGCAAAUUGAGAAGCGGCAGAAGCACCUGAAAAACUUUAAGGGGGUGAAGUGGCAGAAACUACACCGCGAGGAUGAGCUGCGAAAAGCAAAAGCAAAGGCCGAUGGUAUACGGUAUGUGAGGUUGUCUUCAGUACGUUCCGCGUCAAUUGCACCGAGCAGGGUAUCGCGGGUAGCGGCAAGGAGACCUCGAAGCGUCAGAUUCACUGCCGCCAGGAAGAAGAACCCCCACAAACCACGCGGACACUUGACAUACCAGCCUACAAAUACUCGCACGUAUAACGAAAACGAAAUAGCCCAUUCCACUUACCGCCGUGCCCUGAAAAGAUACAGGUAUCGACGCGAGCCACCACCACCUACGCCUAUAACCAUACAAAACCUCCGGAUAUUCACCAUGGAAGAGGCGAAAAAGAGGAAAGAAGAGCAAGGUGGUUUUGAAAAAAGAAUAUUCGACACAAUUUUUAAAAUAAUCGAGGACGACCCAGCCAGCAAGUUCUUGCGCAUGCAAGUCCGCUGCAUUGAGCAGCUGCGAGAGAAAUCACCACCGCGGCAGACCGACCCGACCCUCCUCCGCGCUGAAAAACAGUUGUUUCAACUAAUCAAGGACCACGGGUAUAUAAGUGACGUUAAAUUGCAAGCUAGGACGGUGAAGCGCUUGCAGUCAGCCGCCGCCAGAGCCAGAGCCGACGCCUCUGAACAAAGCAAGCCGGUCCAACCGGAGCACAGACGGGAAGCCGCAGGCCCCCCCCCAGCUCCCGAUCCGGCCGACAAAGACGCCCCCGAAGGCAGCGAGCCGGGUGAUCGCGAGCAUGUCCGCGCUCGGGAAACAGCGGGCCCUGCUGCCGCUCUUGCCGCUCCAGUUCCAGCGGAUGAAGACGUCCGCGAACGCUCCAGGCCGAUUAAAGCCGAGCAUGGAGACCGACAGGAGAGCAGACGGGCAAAGACACCGCCUGCUGCCAGCGCCCGCCACAAACACUUCCUAAAAUUGGAAGCAUCUGAAUCAUCCCUUGCUGACCUUUACGACCUACCUUCACCUCCUCGCCAGGUUAGACACCUUGUUCUAGCGCCAACACCUGACUAUAUCUUGAGGGAGGAGAAGAAGAAUGAAGAACCUCUUGAUACAAACACGAGCCAGAGAAAAUUCCCCAGAUCUACGGGGUCUGCGUCCUCCGUUGGCGGCCCCUUGGAUUCACCCUCACCGCCUCGCCACGCGAGAGAGCCCGCUCUAGCGCCAAAACCAGACUAUAUAUUGAGGCAGGAGGACAAGCGGAAUGAAGAAUCUCUUGAUUCAAACACAAACCAGAGAAAAUUCCCCAGAUUUACGGGGUCUGCGUCCUCCGUUGGCGGCCCGUUGGAUCCACAAUCGCCUCGCAACACUACACGGCCCGUCCCAGGACCCAAAGCCGCCCCUAUCCAGAGGCGUGAGAACAAGCGCCAUGGGGAACCGCUUGAUCCCGACACGAGCCGCAAGCUACCCCCGAAACCACAAACCUCCGCGUUCUCAGUCGGUGAUCCCCUGGAUCCACCGCCAUCUGUACACCACGCUAGACAGACGCCUCCCGCGCCCACACCCUCCCAAGUCUACCAACAAAGGGACACCCAGACAGGAGUUCCCCUCCAUAUCAACACCCUUUAUAAACCCCCACCGAAAUCGAUCGCUUCGGCAUCUUCCAUCGGCGACCGCUUCGACCUCACCUCGCCAUCACACCGCGCCAAGCAAUCUACCAUUGCCCCCCAGCCCCCUCAAGGCCAGCGACAAAAAAGCAAGCAACCAGUUGUACCAAUUGACGCCGGCACGCGCCACAAGUCGCCCCCGAAAUUAGUCGACCCCGCGCCUUCCAUCGGCGACCCCCAAGAUGCCCCCCCACCGUCCCAGCGCGCCAAAACCCCCAUUCCAGCACUCAAGCCUUCCCGCCUCCCCCAAGAAGAAACCGCGCGACCGAGCACAGCACCCGAAGCCAGCGCUCGCCCCAGCAAACGGCCCGACUCCCGCGCCUCAUCCACUUCCAUCGGCUCGCGCUUCGAUCUUCCCACUCAACCGCCGCGCGGACCGCAAGCCCCUGCAUCCAGCCAACCACAACGCGGCAGACAGCCCAUUGCAGCACUGAAACCUUCUCCCCUCCACCGAGAGGAAACCGCCCGCCCAAGCACAGCACCCGAAGCUAGCGCCCCCGCCAACAAACGGCCUCAAUCCAGCGCAUCCAAUUCUUCCAUCGGCUCCCGCUUCGCCCCCUCCCCACCUCCCCGCGCCAGGCAGCCUGCGCCCCUACCCAGACCCUCCCCACUGCACCGGCAAGAAACAGCGCGCCCAAGCACAGCCCCUGAAUCCGGCGCUGCGACAAACAAACGGCCCCGGUCCAGCGUUUCCGUCUCCUCACACGCAUCCACCUUCGCCCCUCCCCGCUCGCCCUCCCGCGGCAGACAACGCGAGCGCAGUAUCCCCCCUCCACUACCAAAACGCCGUCGUCGUCGUCGCGGUGAUGGCGACGAUGCAGCAACCCCACAAAGUCCAGACCGCUGCUACCCUUCCUCCGACUCGCCCUCCCCCCCACCCCCCCGCGAACCCCGCAUCCCACCCCGCCCGCGCUUCAAACCCAUGAAAUCCAUAACAGACAAAGAAGACAAAGCCUCCCGCGCCAUCAUGCACCCGGCCUCCAAACCUCUAGCGAAACUCUCUGAUGCGGCGAAGGUGACGAGUGAUUUCGCGACGCUGGGACGGACACAGAAGCCGCAUCCGAGUUUUUUGAAGGCGAAGGUUAAUGCUAAUUAUAAGCAUGUUAGGCAUGUUAAUAGAGCCGGGGGGAGGAGGAGGGAGGUGGUGGAGGUGCCGAGGAGUUUGUGGGAUAGUGUUGGGAUGCCGCCGGGUGGGCCUGGUGGGCAGGGGUUGGGGGGAUUGGGAGGAGGAGGGGGUGGCGGUGGUGGAGGGCGGAGGGACGGGGGCGGGACCGGUGCAAGUUCGGUCGCUGAGAGGAAGCGGGGUGGCAGCUGGUGGUGGUGUGAGCAGGGAGAGGGAUAGGGUUGUGCAGUGGAUUAAUCAGGAGUUUGGUCCGGGUGGUGGAGAGGAGGGUGGUGGUGGUGUGUUGUGAUAUUGUAUCACUGCUCGCGCGGCGUUUGAUGGGGUUAUGUGCUACAACCCGAAGAAGAAGAAGGGCUGGCUGGUUGGUUUGCUGUAUGGAUACCACAUUGAAGUUGCUGAGGCUGCGAGAACUGAGAGCUGCGGGUGACGGCGUUGAUAUUGCUGAAGCUGAUAUUGGGCAAGAAUGUUUUGGGUUCUACCUACCUACCUAGCUGGCACGUUACAACUUGCAACUUGCACCUUGCAUUUGCCUCGCGCUGGAGAAAUACGAUGGG